UUAGGUGUUGGAAAAGGCAAACACAAUAAUUCAGUCCAGAGAGUUUACACCACAAACACCGCAGCUAUCUGAUGCUGUAAACUACUUGGAAUUCUCCCAAAUACAUCUAUUUUUGUGUUUAUUUCUAGCAAUCAAAGUUAGCUGUGCACCCAUGGCCGCCGCAGUCGCGACCUCUACUGCGGCAAGAAGCUCGAGCAAGAAAGAAUACCCCGGAGGGCUUAUACUGGAUCGGUACGAAGUCGGGAAGCUCCUGGGGCACGGGACGUUCGCGAAGGUGUACCACGCCAGGAACAUCAAGACCAACGAGAGCGUGGCGAUUAAGGUGAUUGACAAGGAGAAGAUCCUGCGAGUGGGGUUGACUGCCCACGUGAAGCGCGAGGUCUCGAUUCUCCGGCGGGUGCGCCACCCAAACAUCGUCCAGCUGUACGAGGUGAUGGCCACCAAGUCCAAGAUUUUCUUCGUGAUGGAGUACGUGAAGGGCGGGGAGCUGUUCAACAAGGUCGCCAAGGGGCGCCUCAAGGAAGACGACGCCCGCAAGUACUUCCAGCAGCUGAUUUCCGCGGUGGCGUUCUGCCACGCGCGCGGCGUCUUCCACCGCGAUUUGAAGCCGGAAAACAUCCUCCUCGACGAGGACGGGAAUGUCAAGGUUUCGGAUUUCGGGUUGAGCGCUAUAUCGGAGCAGAUAAAGCAGGAUGGACUGUUCCACACUUUUUGCGGCACGCCGGCUUAUGUUGCCCCGGAAGUCUUAGCAAGAAAAGGGUAUGAUGCGGCUAAGGUAGAUAUUUGGUCUUGUGGGGUUAUUCUAUUUGUGUUAAUGGCUGGGUAUUUACCCUUUCAUGAUCAGAACGUUAUGGCUAUGUAUAAGAAGAUUUACAAGGGGGAAUUUAGGUGCCCUAGAUGGUUUUCCCCCGAAUUAACUCGAUUCCUAACUCGAUUACUUGAUACCAAUCCUGAUACAAGGAUAACCAUCUCUGAGAUAAUGAAUAACAGAUGGUUCAAGAAAGGGUUCAAGCAUGUGAAGUUUUAUAUUGAGGAUGAUAAGUUGUGCAAUGUGAUUGAUGAUGGAAUUGAUUAUUCCUCUGAUUUGUCCGAGUCAGAAUCCGAGAUCGAGAGCAGGAGGAGGAUAGGCGGUUUGCCUAGGCCUGCUAGCUUGAAUGCCUUUGAUAUCAUCUCGUUUUCGCGUGGUUUUGAUCUGUCGGGGUUGUUCGAGGAGGGGGGAGAUGGGGAGAGGUUUGUUUCGGGGGCGCCUGUGUAUAGGAUCAUAAAUAAGUUGGAAGAGAUUGCGAAAGUUGUGAGCUUUACGGUGAGGAAGAAGGAUUGCAGGGUUAGUCUGGAGGGGACUAAGGAGGGCGCGAAAGGGCCACUCACAAUUGCUGCCGAGAUAUUUGAACUAACCCCGUCUUUGAGAGUUGUGGAGGUGAAGAAGAAGGCGGGGGAUAAAAUGGAGUUCGAAGAGUUCUGCAAGAGAGAAUUGAAGCCCGGGCUACAGAACCUAAUGCUAGAAGAUGCUGCAGCUGCUGACACUUCACAUUUACCUUCGGAUAUUGAAUAGAGGGGGAAGGAAGAGAAAAGGUACCAAACCUCAAAUGCACACUUGUUUGGCCUCUUGGGGAAUUGAGAAGAAGUCGGCUAUUGGGAGGGAGUACGAGUCGAAAACCGAGGCACUUAAGUCCAGAGCUUGGCAGUCGAAGCUGUUUCAUCUCGGAAUCAUAAAUAAUUGCAGCAGUGGAAUUGCAGUUAAUCAGCAUCUAGUAUCUGGUCUAAAACAUCAUCAGAAAUCUUGGUCUACAGUUGCUUGUACACUGGUGUUCACAAUAUGGUGAAUUUCAUAGCUGAACCUUGCAUCCCGUGGCUGCCAGUGAAGCAGAGCUAUUAACUCUUCUUUGGAUUAGUCAAUUGACCAUUUUAUACCUAGUCCUGGUAGGAAUUGAACCCUACAUCUCGUGGCCGCUAGCAAAUCGGGGCUAAUUAAUCUUCUUUGGAUUAGUCAACUAAUUGAGUUAUAUCUCAAUUUGCAAUGUGUACUAAGUUAUUAUACUAGAGUUGAUUUGUGAAAGUAAGAAAAUGUUGUUUAUUUGCAACUUUUUUGGACUUUUUUGGAUGGUUGGUGUUCUUGAA